AUGGGACUGCACAGUGUGGAGGAGCUGUGUUGUCCUGCGUUGCUUCAGGUAACUGGGACGAGACUGGACGGGAAGGAGGCGGAGCAGUUCCCUGGGGGCGUGUACGAGGCAGCUGUCAAUCAGGAGAAGUGCGACGAUCGGAGGUCACAUGGUGCUCUGGUGGGCGGGACUCUGAGCGAGGAGAGCGACAGUGGAGGAGAGCCGGAGGAGGUCAGCGUGGCCGGACUUCACACUGAUGAAAGCGGGAGGCUUCGUUUGGAGACAGUGGAUGAUCUGUUCAACAUCCUGCAGCUGAGGAAGAGGAGGAGAGAGAGGAAGGCCCCCAGCCGCAAGAAGCCACAGCCUGCUCCAGAGGCCCUGCCGGUGUUCGUGGACCAGGACAUGUUCCUGAACGCUGCAAAGGAAAAAAAGGUCCCAGUGGUGGAAAAGUAUCUGUCUGACGGAGGAGACCCCAACGCUACAGACACAUUCCAGAGAAGCGCUCUGCACCAGGCCUCCUUCAGAGGUCACACAGAUGUCAUGAAGAGGCUCCUGGACGCGGGAGCUGCUCUGGAGAACACAGACCAGUUGGAUGCCACAGCGGUGCACUGGGCCUGCAGAGGGGGAAGUCUGUCCGCACUGCAGCUCCUCAUCGAGCGGGGAGCCAGUUUCAGCUCCAGAGACAAGUUACAGAGCACGCCGCUCCAUGUGGCGGUCAGGACCGGACACAGCGAGUGUGCAGAACAUCUGAUCCACUGUGGAGCCGACGUCAACGCCAGAGACCGGGACGGAGACACCCCGAUGCACGACGCCGUCAGAAUCAACAGAUUUAAACUUAUCAAACUCCUCAUGAUGUACGGGGCCAGUCUGAACGCCAAGAACUGUGAUGGAAAGACUCCUCUGGAAACACUCUACUCGUGGCAGAACGGAGCUAAGAGCCUGUUGUGCAGCGAGGAGAAGGCUGGCUGCUGA